GCUAAAGGCUCGACGACACGCGCGGGGUGCCGUGCACCGACCACGUGGUUUCCUCGCCGCUAGCGAAACUGGAAUGCGCCCUCGCACCUGCUGCUGGCGUCGCUGAAAGCGCGGCCACUGGCCGCCGCUCUCCUUUUUCUUCAGCUACCGCAGCGACUGGCAGCAGCGACGCUUUGCGCCGCGCGGGUCACCUCCCCCUCCAGGAGCCCCAGGCCUCCUCCGGAGCCGCUGCCCUUCCGCUCACGCUUCUUCCGCUGACUACUGUGGACUACCGUUAACCUCCAGGUCCCUUGCAGCUGUACUCUCUUUCAAAAUAACGACAUUCAAGGACUUUUCACCUGUCAAGAUACAACUCUUUUCUGUUCGUGCUCCCAGAGAGGAGAGGUCCAGGAUCACUCGCAAGUACAUUCCGGAUAUCCCAGCCGCCGGAGCGCAGGAGAGUCACUUUUACCUACUGGGGUGUGGUUUUCGGGCGCUGAGAGUCUUCACUCAAGAAGUGUUGGCCGUUGAGCAGUCCCCUGUGCGCAAUCGAGUGCGCGUUCCGACGGUGAGGAAGUAUAUCCAAGUCCAUCAGAGGAGCUGUCCUUGACAAGCGCACCGAGCUCUACUCGCGUCAGUUGCCAUCAUCUCUUCGACUACGACAGCCUGAACCCAAGAGGACAACAUCAAAAGAUUGUUUUACCGUACUGCCAGGCUACUCUACAGUUUCCUGACGGAUAACCAGAGAAGCCUCGUUCAGAAUUAGAAGACGUUUGUUCUUUCCUUGUAUCCUGGCGGCGUUGAUACCAGCGGUGUUUUCCGUACGAAGUUCUUUGAGUUCUACUUUAAGCUGUACAUCGGUAGAACACUGAGGCACUCAAGAACCGGGAAUAUUCGGCACGUGGGACCUCCUGAACCGAAGGGCACCGGGACAAAGGAUUCCAUUCUACUGCAACAUCUGCCAAGCCGCUCAGCGCCGGGCCUUCACAAACGCGCGGCUAUGCUGUUCGGUCUGUGACUGUGGCGGCGCACGCGUCUUGCCGUCCUUCCAUGGCCGACAUCAGGAUGCUACUCCGUACUGCGCAGGUGUGCUGGGUCGCGCUGCUGGCGGCGCUUCUGCUGAGCGCCUCAGUCCUGGACUCCGCCCCCGUCGGAGUGGCGCCACUCUCGGAGCUACCGCAGGACCUGCAGCAGCUGCAGCAGCAGCAGCAUUUCCCUGUCCCCGUGGCCUCGCGAGCCGUCGUCAGCACAGUGAGCAGCGUCAGCGCCAUCACCACCACCACCAGCACAAACAGUGCAGGUGCCACCACGCGCUCUCCGAACACCUCCGCCUCUAAGCCUGACGGCGUUGGAGCCCUGGAAGGCUCGGCCUCGUCCACCUUCCACCUGCUGGAUGAGUUCUUGGACUACACUGGCAGUGGACAAAACCUGACCGAGCCUGGAGUCAUCAGCAGCAGCUACCGCCUCGGCUACACCGUCGACACAGGCGGAAGCCUUCGCAAGUUCCGAUAUGAGGAACGCACGCCAGAGGGCGCCAUCGUAGGAGAGUUUGGUUUCCACAAGAACGACGGCGUCAUUCGCGGCGUCCGCUACACGGCCGAACCGGGAGUUCAUCCGAAAGUGCUCUACGAGGCACUCGUCAAGUUCUUUUCAUUGUGAGCCAGGGCGCGGGACGACCGUUUUAGCCAGUGAGAGCUAGCUUCCAAUGUUGAAAGCCCACGCUGGUGUAAAGAAACCCGCUCGUUCCACCUUGCCAACGCAACUUCCAUACAGCCGGAGAAAAGUGUAUUCACUUGUGUUCGGUUCUUUCGUCCACAAAGUCUUGACGUUUUCAGUUUCCCAUGGUUUUCUGUUCUCUGUGAAUAUAGCAUGAAACCUCUUGGUGCCUACUUCUCAAGAAAUUGAAGGGACUAUGCAAGGCCCAUCGUCAAAUGGAACGUGGCCUUUUUCUGGGGCACCGGUGAAUUUGUGGAGCGAAGUAUCGGUGAUACAGCGGAGUGGGCCCAUUAAUUACGAUGAAGGGCAAUUGCAAGAGACUUAGCGUCUCUUGCCACGGUUGCCGUUCUUGCUAUGCGAGCUAUCACAUACACGGGAUGACCUUACAGGGGAACUACCCGAGGCUCAUUCUAGAUAGGUUGCGUGUACACAUUUCAAGCUGCACUGGAACGCUUUCGACAGCGAAAUUGACAAGCCGGAGGAUAAACGGAAUGAGUGCAGUUUGAACUAAAACUGUUAUAUGCAGCAGCUUUUCUUUCGGCUCGAGCGAGACUGGAAAGUAAAGUGAUGCUGAGCUGUGGCUGUGAAAGAGAAGCGCGUGAACUUCAUGUUUCUCUUACAUCAGAAGAGUAAUGGUUGGGAGAGAUUACUCUGGACGUUGCAAGGGUCUUAUAUGACUGUUUUUGGUACCAGUGGUUGUACACUACUUGAGCCACUACGGCGAGCUACUGAAGCCUGUUUCAACGUAAGAGUAUUCAGUAUUCAGUGAGAAGCGCUGCUGUGCAUGCACCCGAAAAUACGUGAGAACGUCUUCUUACUGUUUACAAUAUUAAAAAAACUAGAUAAGUGGAUUUCACUUAGCGGGAGGUUACAAUAUGGUAUCUACGGAGCUGUAUGUGAAGUUAUGAUUGCCGAAGUGCUGCCAUACACAUUUUUUACUACCGAAAAACUCAAUAUACAAUACACUUCCCUCGCAUUGAUACACAGUCUACAUCAAUUAGCUGAGCCGCCAUACCCAAGGCCUUCCCUCCUUAAUGUAGUAAAGGUAGCAGUUUGUUCAUUGUGCAUUUCCUGAACGGAAUUGCGCAGCCUGAGAGCUCUAUUAAAGGCCUGUGUUGGUUGACUUCCACCAAUUGUUUCAUGCCUGCACGCGUUUUGAAUGUUCAACUUUAGGAAAAUCGAAGUAAGUGUUUGAAUCAUGGCCUGGAAGAACGUAUUCGUGAACACUGAUUUUUAAGAAGCGGUCAUGUGAUGAUUUAUAACUUGAAAUGUGAAUGUGGAGUAGCAAGGCAAAUACGAAGCGUACUAUCGUUAGGUUCUGGCUAUUGGAGAGUGUUAUAUUAGCCUUUUUUCUAUCAGAACAAUGUCGAUUCACGUGCGUGUUCGUCAAACUUGUCGAAGCGCAGGCGGUAAGGUCACCCUAAUAGUGAGAUAUUUAUUCUUCAAUAUAGUAUUUCAUAAGAACGUUGUUUAAUCGCGAUAAAAUUGCAGAAGUGUACCGAGGAUCGGUUGCUCAUCUUUACGUAACUAGAACAUUUGUUCUUAAAAAAGAUACCUCCUUUACAAUUUUCUGAAAGAAAUAAAAGUUAUCAUACAUA